AUGCCGAAAGAAGGAUAUGGAUCAUUCCCACGUAAUACUAUGUUGUGCAAUUAUGUUAACACAUUCAGUAACCAUGUACAACUUGUGAGAAUCAAGGCAACAACAUUUCUUCAAGCUAAAUAUAUGGAUAAUCUUCUCAUCAAGUUGAUUCUAAGUGUCUUAGCUUCUCUUCUUUUAAUCAGAUUCUGUAAUGGAGGUGAGUUAAUCGAAUCCAAGUCCUUUCUCAAUUUUAUUCUUGCUAUUGAUCCAAACAAUGUACUAGGUAUUAAGUGGAAUUCUUCACUGACUUAUAACCCUUGCUCCUACAAAUUACAAGGUGUUGAGUGCAAUUUACGUACCGGUAAAGUCAUAGAAAUAAGGCUUGAAAACAUGAAUCUUAGUGGGAUAAUUGAUGCAGAGUCCCUCUGCAAACUCUCAAAAUUGCGAGUUCUUAGCUUAACAAAGAAUAAAAUUCAAGGAACAAUUCCUGAAUCUAUAUCAAGGUGUAAAAGUUUAACUGUUCUUGAUCUAAGCAGCAACUUUCUCAAUGGAAAUUCAUCAUUUCUACUGCAGUCUUUGACAAUGCUCAAGAAUCUUAAGAAACUGAACGUUUCUAACAACAUUUUCACUUUCUCACAACCUUCAACGAGUCUACGAGCGUUGAGAGGUGUAAAAAUGAAAGAAUCUACAUAUAUGUUUAUAGCUCCAUCUUCAACUAUAGAAAGUGAGAAGACAAAAACAAAACAUCAUAUAAACUUGAUGGUUUGUCUACUCAUAUUUGCUGGAAUUGUUCUUGUCUUAGUGGUUUUAGUAUUCUUGUACACGAGAUGCGUUAGAUCAGCUAAGGACAAAGAGGUUUUAAAAGAAGUACAUUAUUCGUCUCCUCGAAAAACUCCCUCAGCUGAGGUUGUGAAUGGAGUAUGUAACACUGAAGAAAAAAACUCAGAACUAUGCUUUUUUAUGGAAGAUGUCGAAAAAUUUACAAUGGAUGAUCUUCUUGAAGCAACUGCUAAUUUGAGAAAACAAGGCCUUUGUAGCAGCCUUUACAAAGUCCAUAUCAGUAGCAGUGGUGUUUUUGCUGUCAAGAGACUGAAGAAACUACAAGUGGGGUUCAUGGAAUUUUCCCAAACAAUGAGAAGAAUAGGGAAUUUGAAACAUCAAAAUGUACUUUCACUUGUUGCUUAUUACUCUAGCAAUGAAGAAAAAUUGCUUAUCUACAAAUACCAGAACAAUGGAAGUCUACUCACCCUUUUUGAAAAUUAUGUAGAGGGGAAAAGGAAUUUCCCAUGGAAACUAAGGCUGUCAAUUGCAGUUGGAAUAGCAAGGGGAUUGGCUUUCAUAUACAGAAGUUCCAAGAAAGGCAAUGUCAUUCCCCAUGGCAACAUUAAGCCAUCAAAUAUUCUGUUAAAUGAAAAUGAGGAGCCAUUAAUAAGUGAGUAUGGAUAUUGCAAGUUCCUAGACCCCAACAAGAGUUGCUUCUACAAUGACAAUGGUUACACAGCCCCUGAGAAGACGUCGACAGAAGAAGCUGAUGCCUAUAGCUUUGGGGUGAUUCUGCUGGAAUUGUUGACAGGUAAAGUUGUGGAGAAAACUGGAUUAGACCUGGUCAAAUGGGUGAAAUCUAUAGUGAGGGAAGAAUGGACUGGAGAGGUGUUUGAUAGUGAAGUUGCCAACUUUGAAAUGUAUGCUUUCCCUCUAUUAAAUGUAGCACUCAAGUGUGUGGAGCGUUUGCCAGAGGAGCGGCCUACCAUGGCGGAAAUUUUGGAGAUAAUUGAGGAAGUUGUGAAUGAUCAAGAAGACAUUUCUCCUUCUAUGACUUCUUUUGAAUCCACCCCUGGUUCAAUGAAGCAUCUGUAA